AUGCCUUCGAAAACCUACACAAAAAUUGUUUCAUCAGAUCUAUCUGAUCUUUAUUCAAUGCGUUUUGCACCUGUGCCUUAUAUUCCAACUGAUUACAAUGAUAAUUCACCAUAUAAGAAAAGUGUAGAAGAUGUAACAGAAGAAACUCGUUAUAUACUGGAAGAAUUCAUUAUUGAACGUGCCACAGAAGAUGGAGUCGAUAUGAGUUUAGUUAAACCUAUCAUUGAUGUUAACCUUUCUGCACUUCCACAAUAUCGACAAAUUCAACAAAUUGCUCAUCGAUUACGAAUGAUUGGCGAUGAACUCGAUGCUGAUCAACGAAUAAAAAGUAUGGUCGAUCAAGUACCCAUCAAUAGUCCAUAUGAAGCAUUCAGCGAUGUUGCUAAAGAACUUUUUUGUGAUGGUAUUUAUAAUUGGGGAAGAAUUGUAACACUUUUUUAUUUUACAUAUAAACUUAUCUUGAAAUCACUUAGAGAUCAACCAUCAUCAAUUUUACAUGUUCUCGUUGAAUGGACUGUACGUUUUGUAAAAGAAAUUGUUGCUCCAUGGAUUGUUCGCAAAGGUGGUUGGUUGGUUAUCUUACGUGAUGCAGUACCUCAAUCACGUUUAACAACAAUUGGCAUUUUUCUCAGUGGAAUGAUAGCAACUUUUAUGGUUCUUUAUUUCUAUCGACGUAUCUGA